CUAGGGAAUACACUCCAGGAUUAUGCUGCACGACUGCUUUAAUGAACGGAAACUUGGGGAAAUCCUCAGCGCGAAGAUGAGAAAGGAAGGGAGCGGGGAGUGAGGGAACAUCUCAUCGCUGCCUCACAGCGGGAACAACCUUUCUUUUCACCCAAUCCGGGACGGGAGAAGGAUUUCGGCAACACUUUGUCGCUGAAAGACUCGGGAGGUUGGACUGGAGUCGACAGAAUUUAAACAUCACUGGUCACAGGCCGGCAGGUUGAUUUGAAUCGUUCGCAGAGAGAGAGAGAGAGAGUGAAGGGAUUUUCUGAGCGAGCCUGCAAGGUGAAGAUGCACGCCGGGGUGUCCUUCACGCUUGUCCUGGUGCUAGCUGUGGCCGCCAACUCCCUGGACAGUGAGACCAGGCUGCGGGAGAGGAGUGAGACCUCCUCUCCAGUGAGGAGAUGCCUGGACGGGGGAGCGCCGCGCCGCCUGAAGAAGAGAGACAGGAGGCUGUUGGCGCUGGACGCCCAGGGCUACAUCUGUCACAAGCUGUACAGCCGCCUGUCCUGCUGCCGGAGGAAUAGGCAGCUCCUGGACCCCGAGGUAUUUUCUGUUACAAACAACACAGAGUGUGCAAGAUUGCUGGAGGAAAUAAAGUGUGCUGAAUGUUCACCAUAUGCACAGAAUUUAUUUCACAUAUCUGACCGAGAAGGCACAUCAGCUAAUGAGCUAACUUUUCCCAUGUUGUGCAGAGAUUAUUGUGAACAACUCUACUUUGCCUGCAGAAGCCACAUAGCAGGACUAUUCCAAACCACUUCAGAUGAGUUCUGCAAUAUGUAUUCAGCAAAAGAGAAUGGGAUAUGCUUUCCAGACUUUCCCAGGAAACAACUACAAGGGCCAGUUUCCAAUUACUUAAACCAGAUGGAUGAAUAUCACAAAAUGGAACACAUCAACAGAAAACAUAAAAGAAACUGUUACUGCCUGCAAGAAACGAUUAGUGGACUGAGACAGCCAACAGGGUUAGUGCACUGUGGAGAUGGAUCGCAGAGACUCUUCAUCUUGGAAAAAGAAGGCUUUGUGAAGAUUUACACUCCAGAUGGAGAAUUACUGAAGGAUGCAUUUCUUGACAUCCACAAACAGGUCCAAAGUGGAAUAAAGGGUGGAGAUGAAAGAGGACUGUUAAGCCUUGCAUUCCAUCCCAAAUAUAAGAAAAAUGGAAAGCUCUAUGCAUCUUAUACCACCAACCAAGAACGAUGGGCCAUUGGACCACACGACCACAUCCUUCGAGUAGUCGAAUACACUGUUUCCAGAAAAAAUGCAAAUCAAGUGGAUACAAGAACAGCAAAGGUAUUGAUUGAAGUAGCAGAGUUACACCGAAAGCAUUUGGGUGGACAGCUCUUGUUUGGACCUGAUGGUUUUUUGUACAUCUUCCUUGGAGAUGGAAUGAUUACUCUUGAUGACAUGGAAGAGAUGGAUGGGUUAAGUGAUUUUACAGGCUCUGUGCUUCGAAUUGAUGUAGAUACUGCCACCUGCAAUGCUCCUUAUGCUAUACCCAGAAGCAAUCCCUACUUUAACAGCACCAAUCAACCACCAGAAAUAUUUGCACAUGGACUUCAUAAUCCAGGGAGGUGUACAGUGGAUCAACAUCUCACAGGCUCUAAUGGCAAUCUGACCAUUCUGUGUUCAGAGUCAAAUAUUUGGAAUAAGUCAUCAGGAAGGAUAAUCAAAAUAACAAGGGGAAAGGAUUAUGAAACAGAACCUCCAGCAGUUGAAUACAAAUCUUCUAGUCGCAACCCUUUAGUAGGUGGCUUUAUCUACAGAGGAUGUCAGUCAAGAAGGCUUUUUGGAAACUAUAUCUUCGGGGAUCGAAAUGGGCAACUGAUGAGCCUUCAGAAAAACCCUAUGAACAAAAUGUGGCAGGAACGAACCUUGUGCCUUGGCACUAGUACUGCCUGUGAAAACUCUCUUAGUGGUCAUAUCUCAGGAACGGUUUUGGGAUUUGGAGAAGAUGAAUUAGGUGAGGUGUACAUUUUGGCAAGCAGCAAGAGUGUGACAGAAGCACAUAGUGGAAAGGUUUACAAAUUGAUUGACCCAAAAAGAGCUAAUGUUCCAGAAGAAUGUAAGAGAUCAGUGCAGCCUCCACAGCCAGUAGCAUCAGAAUGCUCCCAUCUCUGUAGGAAUGGACAUUGUACUCCAACAGGAAAAUGCUGCUGUAGUCCAGGCUGGGAGGGAGAGUUCUGCAGAGUGGCAAAAUGUGAUCCAGUAUGCCAGCAUGGUGGCGUAUGUGUGCGGCCUAAUAUGUGCUUAUGUAAAGAAAGCUACACUGGACCUCAGUGCGAACUAGUGGAUCGAAACAUUCAAGGAGUGGCAAGGGCAGCAGUUUGCCAGCAGCCCAGAAAACAUGGGAACUGUAACACCCCUGUAAGACGGUGGUUCUUUAAUGCGGAUACCAGACAGUGCGAACAGUUUCUCUAUCGAGGUUGCCAGGGUAACAAAAACAGAUUCAGCUCAUAUGAAGAGUGCAUAAAAACCUGCUUACCAAGAAACCAUCAAGGCACAGGACUGAUACAAGGGAUAGAUAAAUAAACUCUUGGCCAGCCAUCUUUUAGUUUCUUCCACACUGAGAAAAAGAACAAAUGUAUUUCAAGAUAAAUUUUACUUUUUGAUGUAUAUUUUACAUGGGACUAAAAGAUUUUAAAAUUCAAAAAUGGGAAGACAGGUUAAUUCAGGUUUUUGUUGUCUAACCUUAAAUUUAUUUUAAAUGAUGUGUAAUAUCUGAAAUGAGAUUUUAGAAACGGUGAUAUCUAAGAAAAAUGGUCAGGAACAUGCGUAAGCUCAUUACUGGUAUGUCACUCGUCGGAUUCUAAUUGGUGUACGUAGAUUUUAAAAAAAGACAUUUAAAUGUAUAAUUUCUUUUAAAAUCUAAUAUAUUGUUUAUGUAAAUGCAUGCUUAAUGUCCUCAUGAAUACAGUAAUUUACUGUGACUAUUGAGCUGAGAAAUUGUAUUUUUAAACAUAACCUGUUACGUACUGUAUUGCAUUUGUUAUAAUACUAUAUGUAAACAGCAACAAAUAUGCUAAAGUAUAUUUUUAAAUACAGUAGCUGCAAAAACACGACCACUGACAGUUCUCUUGAACUGAUACAGCUCUUUUCAUGGGCCCACAUUUAAAUGUUCAUUAAGCUGUAAUCCAGUGGUGAAAGGGGAGUUAUUAAUGUCAGUUUAACACAGGAGUCAUUGGGGCCUAGUACUGUUACAUUUGUCAAGGCCAAUAGUCAACAGGUUAUUAUAAGUGUGUUAUUGACACUUGGAGGUAAGCUUCUCUUUCUGCUGCUGGAGAGAUAGAUUUUAUUUUUUUUUAAAUUUCUCCCUGAACUCAUCCAUUUCUCUUACCAGCAGGUCCCUAAAACUUUUGCAUUUGAAGAAAAUAUCCUAAGGUCUACUCUGUGCCAGGUUUAUAACAAGAGUUAUGCUCCUUGACACCUGCCCCUCCCCCACCCCACCAUACCUGUUGGAAAUUACCAUGUAUGUUCAGCACUUAAAUGCAACAAUUUAACUGUGAACUUCAAUACAGGACACGAGGUGAAACAAGUUAAUAUGUGGUUAGGUGAGGCGUUUGCUGGAAAUAGUUAUGCAAAGAAUUAUUAAAUAUUUUGUUCAAAUAUCA